AGGGCGAGAGAGGAGGAGCGGAGCGGAGCGAUGAGUAGCCUACAGUCGGUUUAGAGCCAGAGCUCAGUAGCGUCGACAGCAUGAACGACCUUCGCAACGAAUAACGGAGCAACCACACCAUCUCUCCCCCCGAAGGGAGAGGCACCGGAGCGGCCGCAGCAUGGACGGGGAGACGGCCUUUCUGUGCGGCGUGGUGGAAGGUUUCUACGGUCGUCCCUGGUCCAUGGAUCAACGGAGAGUGCUCUUCCAGUGGAUGCAACAGUGGGGGUUAAAUACAUAUCUCUACGGUCCUAAAGACGACCUCAAACACAGACUGCUCUGGAGAGAAGUCUACUCCUCAGACGAAGAAGCCCAGUUGAGGACAUUGAUUGUGGAGGCGGAGCGCAGAGGCCUUACGUUUGUGUACGCCCUGUCUCCGGGACAGGACAUUGUCUUCUCAUCGGCCUGUGACCUGUCCCUGCUCCAAAGGAAACUGCGACAGGUGUCAGAGCUGGGCUGCCGAGCCUUUGCCCUCCUCUUUGAUGACAUCGACCACUCUAUGUGCCAGGCCGACAGCCAGGUCUUCUCCUCCUUCGCCCACGCUCAGGUCUCUGUUACCAACCAGAUGUACCAAGCCCUGGGGGAGCCUCCAGUCUUCCUCUUCUGUCCCACAGAAUACUGUGGAUCCCUGUGCUCUCCCAGUGUGUCCAAGUCUCCAUACCUCCAGACUGUGGGAGAGGAGCUGCUGCCCAACAUCUCUGUCAUAUGGACAGGCAGUAAAGUCAUCUCCAGGAAGCUGACGGUUGACUGCCUGUCUGAGGUACAGGCAGUCCUACAGCGCCAACCUUUGGUCUGGGACAACCUCCAUGCCAACGACUAUGACUCUAGGAGACUGUUCCUGGGACCCUUUAAAGGCCGUGAACCCGAGCUACGCAGUCACCUGAGGGGCCUGCUCCUUAAUCCCAACUGCGAGUUUGAAGCCAAUUACAUCCCUCUGCACACACUGGGCAGCUGGUACAGAGCCGGCUGUUAUGAUGCCAAAGAGGAGUGGGAGUACUGCCCGGAGCGUGCCCUGAGCUUGGCUCUACAGGGCUGGAUGGAGGAGUUAAACCGCCCCCUCCACGCAGGUCAGACCCACAUGGCUUCUCUCACCACCCUUAAGGCAGGUCGUCAGGGCAGGCACCCAGAGUCGCGCUCCUCCUCUGGAUCCACAGCAUACCGCCACCACGGCCCCGACAGAAACCAGUGCUCUGGCCUCAGAGGGACCAUACCCCUACCCGUGUUCCCCCUGGACUCCAGUUCUCCCCCUAGCUCCCCUACACAGGCCCGCAGGGAGGUCAGCAGGGAGGUCAGCAGGGAGGUCAGCAGGGAGGUCAGCAGGGAGGCCUGCAGGGAGGCCCCAGACGCGAAUCAGAAGAGGAGAGGUAGACAGAGCAGUCCAGGGAGCAGGUCUGAAGCUGGAGGAGGACCAAAAGCCCAUAGCCAAAGGCGGGCUUCCUCUGGGGGCAAAGGUUGUCUGACAGAGUUCCAGGUGCGCUUGUUGGUGGGUCUGCACUACCUUCCCCAUGAGCACGGCCCUGCUGCCCAGAAGCUCCUGCAAGACCUGACCUGGCUCAAAUCCAACUGCCACACUGUCAGCGCCAACGGCAAGAAGACCUCCCCCCAGAAGGUGCAGGGUCAGGUGGAGGAAGAGACUGACAUGAUGGAGGAGGUUAAGCUGGAGCAACUCUUCAGACCUGCUCCCUGGACUGCUCUGUCUACCUCCUCUUCUGAUUCGCGUCUGGGCCUCCCUGCAGCCUCCCUGCUGACCUCCCUGCUGACCUCCCUGCUGACCUCCCUGCUGACCUCCCUGCGGGCCUGUGUAGGGGAGCUAGGGGAGAACUGGAGUCCAGGGGAACCGGAGGAGUGGGAGUACUGCCCGGAGCGUGCCCUGAGCUUGGCUCUACAGGGCUGGAUGGAGGAGUUAAACCGCCCCCUCCACGCAGGUCGUCAGGGCAGGCACCCAGAGUCGCGCUCCUCCUCUGGAUCCACAGCAUACCGCCACCACGGCCCCGACAGAAACCAGUGCUCUGGCCUCAGAGGGACCAUACCCCUACCCGUGUUCCCCCUGGACUCCAGUUCUCCCCCUAGCUCCCCUACACAGGCCCGCAGGGAGGUCAGCAGGGAGGUCAGCAGGGAGGUCAGCAGGGAGGUCAGCAGGGAGGCCUGCAGGGAGGCCCCAGACGCGAAUCAGAAGAGGAGAGGUAGACAGAGCAGUCCAGGGAGCAGGUCUGAAGCUGGAGGAGGACCAAAAGCCCAUAGCCAAAGGCGGGCUUCCUCUGGGGGCAAAGGUUGUCUGACAGAGUUCCAGGUGCGCUUGUUGGUGGGUCUGCACUACCUUCCCCAUGAGCACGGCCCUGCUGCCCAGAAGCUCCUGCAAGACCUGACCUGGCUCAAAUCCAACUGCCACACUGUCAGCGCCAACGGCAAGAAGACCUCCCCCCAGAAGAUGGAGGAGUGGCGUGGGCGGGCUUGCAGGUUCAUGUCCCUGUGCGAGGACAUCGCUGAUCUCCACUGCAGCGUGGUGGGAGGAGCUAAUCGCGCUGUCCUCUAUGACUUGUACCCCUACGUGUGGGACCUCCGCAACACUGCUCUGGUGGCCAAGGCCUUCAUCUGCUGGCUGGAUGGGCGUGUGAUGAGUGACAGCUCAGCCCCGGGCUCUUGGAGGAACUGCUUCCACUGGUGUGGCCAGAGCAUAGGGGGAGACCAGAUGGGGUUGGAGUCUGAGCCAUGGGUCUUCAAAGGUGGUGUGUCUGGAGAGGUGCAGAUGCUUCUCCCAGUGGGUGGCAGCACUGAGCUCUUCACACACCCUCCUCCUCUGUUCCCCACCUCUCGGCUGUACAACAUCAGGCCCUAUCACAGCAAGGACAAGGUGGAGUUGUACCGAAUGGUGCGGCAGCUUCACCUGCGCUCUCAGGCUAGUCGGGAGUCCAGCGCUCACCCAGACCUCAUCGGAGACAGGUGCCUGGGAGUCUGCCUGGCCCUGUGCCCUGAGUACAGCUUUAUCCUGGAAGACGAGCUGGGCAUUUGCGGCUGUGUGCUGGGCAUCCUGGAUGUGCGCUCUUUCUCUAAGAGGUGUCAAGCCAGCUGGUACCCCGCCAUGAGGGACAAGUACCCCCCCAGAGCAGGCAGUACACUCUCUAAUACACAGGACCUGGUGGAGUGCAUGCAGGAGGACCAGGGGGAAUACCCAGACUCCCUGCUGUACCACUUCCCCUCUCAGCUUCGCCUGGAUGCACUCCCAGAGCUGGUAGAUGUGAGCGUUAGCCGCACCCUGCUCACCGCUCUGCUCACUGCCCUCAAAGCCAAUGGUUCACAGGGCGUGUUCUGUGAGGUCCAGCCCACUGACCGCCAGCGUCUGGAGUUCCUCACCAAACUGGGCUUCCUGGAGAUCCUGAGAGGAGAGGCCCGGAGCAGAGAGGGCGUGGUCAUGGGGCGUCUGCUCUGAGCCAUACCCGCAUCACGCUCUGAGCCAUGCCCAACACAAUCCUGAGGGGAGAGAUCUGAAGCAGGGAGGGCGUGGUCUUGGGCAUCUACUCUGCC